AUGCUUGAAAUUGGAAUAAGCUUCUCAAAGAAGAACACGGUGGAAUCUUCGUAUACGAUGAAUGUUCUGAAACAGACGUUCUCAGCACUGGAAGACCUGGUUGAGAAUGCCGUGAUCAAGAUAUCGCACGAUGGAAUAAGCGCACAGGUCAUCGACUCGAUGCACGUCUGUCUGUGUGACGUACGCUUAUCAAGUGAGCUAUUUACGCAUUUUAGGUGUGACACGGAUGUGCUGCUGACUGUGCCACUAAAGAGCUUCAAUCUCCUCUUUAAGAACAUGACAGUGGCUAAGGAUGGAGACAGCCUGAUGAUAAGCGCAGUAGAAGUGUUUAGGAAGAAGAAAAAGGACGAAAAUACUCAGACACAAAAUGACUCUCAGAAUAAGGCAACGAGACUGGCACGUGCUAAUUCAUUAACUCUGACUAAUACGACUGAAUCUGCCUUUCUGAAGACGUCAAUUGCCCUUCUUGAUUCAGAGGCACCUGAGUUUAUGCUUCCUGAUACAAAUUUCCAAAAUGAAAUUGAGAUUUCAGCUGAAUCUUUCAGGCAAAUGAAGAACUUGGGUGGGCUAUUUGGAAAUAAGGUCGUAUUCAAAGUUCAAAAGGACGAAUUUGUGGUGAUGCAGAAGGGAGAGGGGACUGAGUCGUGUUUGAUACUGAAGAACAACGAGAAUAAGAGCAUCGUAGUGAACAGUACGAUGCCAACCCAGCUUGAAAUAAACAAGCAGUAUUUGGAUACGGUACAGAAGAUUCUGGGUCUCUGUGACAAGAUGAGGGUGAGCAUGUCCCCUGAGACGCCAAUUCUGUUCGAAAUGGGCCUGAAUGAAUACGGAUACAUCCACUUCUUCAUUGCCCCACAGGCAUAA